AUGUUUUAAAUAAAAUUUCUUGGUAGAUUCUUCUCUGGGUCUAAGGAUAAAUAAGGAGUUUCAUGUGAACACUAGACAAAUCAAAAUCAGAAUAUAAAUGGAAAUUCUUAUAAAUGUAUGAAAUAAUUAAAACAAAAAUUUCAAUCCUGCCAACAUGAAGUUGAAUAUUAUUGUUUGAAAAGGAUUAACUUAGUGACAAAUGUCCUCUCAUUUGUGAUAAAAUACUGUCGAAUGGAGAUCGGUGUAAAAAAAAAAUGUUAUGAAAGUUGCCUGCUUAAUAUAGAUAAUGGCUAAGAAUUAAACAAAAAUAAACUAUGUGAACAUUUUCUAUAAAGCAAGGAUAUUUGUUAAGAAUAGCAAAAACAAUGCAAUUAAGAAAUUAAUGUAUUAUUAGAUUGUGGCCAUACUGCUAUUUCUAAAUGUUGGGAGAGAGAAGAAUUUAAAAAAACCUUUGCUUGUAAAUAAAUCUGCAUGAAAUAAAGAAGUUGUGGUCAUUCAUUUAAUAAUAUAUAUGCAAUCAACCCUGCAGAAAGCAAAGACCUUGCCAUCAUUUGGAUCCUUGUUUGGAGAAAUGUGGAGAUCAUAUCUGUACUCCAUGUUAAAAAAUAGUGA